AUGCGAAAGCCACGCGUCAGGUUCGUACCUUGCCUAUGUGACAGCCGGAUAACGAGCUUGACUGGAUUCUUCCAAAAUCUGCAGGACUUUGUGCUAGACUGCCGGUCACAUCCCUCCGAAAGACUUUGCAAGGCAGAGUUUGCUGAUCUUCAGGGACCAGCUCUAUUGGCUUUCAACAAUGCGACCUUCCAACCGGACGAUUGGGUCGCUGUAAAGAGUAUCAGCAGAUCUUCAAAGAAGGCUGACACCUCCAAGAUCGGCAAGUUUGGUAUCGGUAUCAGGUCUUGCUAUCAUUCACUGAGUUCCGAUGGGCUCGUACUCCAGCUUGACGGAGAUGUGACGGAGACUAUUGACCAUUUCAGGCCGUUUGGCCACUUCAUGGGAGAGGAUUGGCGCGGGGGUGCGUUUGACGGGACAGUCAUCCGCUUGCCGUUUCGUCGUUAUGUCGGGGAGAUCCAGGACCGGGUCGUCACACCACAGGAGAUCGAGGACCUGAUGCUGGAUUUCAUCAACGACGAGUUCAACAUUUCCAUGCUGUUUUUGCAACACCUUAGGUCUAUCGCGCUCUACAAAAUCGAUGAUUCCGGAACCAUUACCGAGCUGGGUUCGUGCAAUAUCACGCCCAAACCGAUUGCAGACAAGGUGUUCAAGAAGACCGUCGCCAUCACAAAGAGCGGAAUGGAUGUCGAAGAGGAAUGGCUUGUCAUCCUCUCCGAAUUCUCGGAGAAAGAGGCUUUUGAAGCUCUCUUAUCUCGAGUUAAAACGGAGCUCGAUCCGCGGAUACUUCAGAAGCACAAGCUUCGUCCGGAUGUUGGGAUUGCUUAUCCCUUGCACAAGACGACCAAUAGUAUUGGCUACCUAUUCACAUACCUCCGUCUCCCCCUGGCCACUGGAUUUCCUGCACAUGUUCACGCCUUCUUCGCUCUUACUCCUUCCAGACAGAACCUCCGAAAUCCAGGGGAUAAUGGCAUCGUCAAGGGUUCAAACGACCAUCUCCUCGUCGAAUGGAACAAGGUUCUAUUCGAAGUCUUCAUCCCCCGAGCAUGGACACGCUUCUUGCAAGCCCUCAUCGCGAACGAACCCAAGCACGAUGUCUUCAAAGCAUGGCCUGCCUCCCAAGAGCUGUCUCGAUGUGGAGAGAGUGUUUAUUGGAACAACUUUCCGCAGGCCGUUUUACAUUCUAUCAUAGAUGCCGACGCUGCAGUCUGGCCAGUUUUCGGAGGGGCCCACGUACACAAGCGACUACGGGACAUUAUCAUCGCAUCUUCGGAUGUUCCAUCCAAGGUUACACAAGCAUUCUCCAAUCUUGGCCUCUCCAUCACGCUUCCACCUCAAGAUGUUGUCAAACUGCUCAGAUCCCGAGAUCGCUCGCCUUCUCACACACCCUAUGCCAAAGCUGCCAGGAUUUUGUCACCGGAGUCCGCAGCCGCAGAACUCAGGAAAUCGUGUUUGGACAUCCUUCGCCAACCGGAGGUUACUGCCACCAUCGAUUUGAAUGUCAUCACUGACUACCUGCUAAGUACAAACAAUCUAGGAAAUAUCGUCGACAUUCCAAUCAUACCCACGGUCAAGAACGAACGCAUUGCCCUCCACGCCAGCAGGAACACUAAAGGCCAUCACACACUUCUCGAAAAAGAGGAUAUCGACCUUUUCGGCGGAUGUGACGCCCACGCAAUCGCGCUCAACGUGUUCUCCGACCGAGUGGCCGACCUUCUGCGGCGCGAAGGCCCCAAGAAACUGGAUGUGAAACGAUUAGAUGCAGACAUCGUUGUUACCUACCUCAAUCGCUUACCGAAAGAACGAGGCAUCGAAUUUUCAGCUGUCAAAAUUGACCGCCCUGCUGUCCACCUCUUGACGGCAUUUUGGAUGUGGCUAGGAGGGUCGAGGCUGAAGAAGGACUUAAUCCCCAAGCUCCAGCCCAUGUACCUUCUGCCUUGCGCCAAUGGGGUGAGGCAGGCAAGUGCUACGGUAUUCGAGGUCGGCAAUACCCCUGAACGACUUGUCGCCUUGUUGCAACGACUGGGAGUUCCCUUCCUUCACCCCGACUUUUUAGAGAAGGCGCGAAAGGUGGUGCGAGGGCUGGGAACAGUCAAGAGCGUCGACGACAUCCCGGCUUUGCUGAAUUGUCUUGCUGAUCAUCAGGGGCAGUUUCCCGUAGGAAUGGCAGACAGUGACGCCGCGAUGCUACUCAAGCAUUUCAGUGACAAUAUCAACCGCCACACCGUGCUCUCUGCGAGCCAAACCACGACAUUGAAGAAACUACCAAUAUUCCCUUCUGUCUCAGCUGCUCCCGACUCAGCCCGGCGUAUCACCCAAUGGGUGCCUGUCAACGAUAGCAAGAUCUACGGCGUUUCGAGCAAGGCCAUUCUCCCCAGCAUUCCUGGGAUCGCCUACCUCACUACGACCCACGUUCAAUCUGACAUGCUUCGACUACUCGAAGCAGCUUCCCUCAAAUCACUCUCUGAAGUGGAAGUCCUCCAACUCGCCCUCAAAGAACAGGCUCUUCCCCUUCAGUCUCCCGUCAUCCUCGAAGACUUGAUGAAGUAUCUCGUCGAGAUCGAGGAGAAGCUGCCGGAGAGUCUCCGCAAGCCUUUGAAGCGGGAGAAGUUCGUUCUUGCUGCCAACGGGAGGUUCGCUGCACCUGAAAAUCUCAUCGAUCCUUCCAACCCUCUCCGACCUCUGUACUCUCAAGACCGUUCUCGUAUCCCGGCUACAUCUACUCCCACCCAAAAGGGAAUCGUCGAGGCCGCCUCGGCUCUCAAGCUCCUCGACUAUCAGCUCUCGCCGGUCAAUGUCAAGGACCGGAUCGAAUGGAUAUCGUCCAAUUCGAGGGAUCGUGCCUUUUUUCAACAUUCUAUUGACCUCCUGAAGAUCCUCGACCGUGCCAAUUUCGACUACAGCACCCUAGGGGACACAAACGACGCUCGACAGAACUGGCUCCCAACCGUAUGUAACAAGCUGGUCUCGCCGUCUGAGUGCAGACCUGCCCCGGGGCAGAGCGACGAACUAGCCCUUUUCGACCGUGUCUUGAAGAGGUUGCACCCCAAAGCGGCGAUUUCCACUUCGUUCGCCAGGGCUGCAGGAUGGGACAAGCCCGUCCCCACACCCGUUAUUUUGCAGCAGAUCGGACUGGUGCUCAAAGAGACCCCUGAUCCUCAUUAUCGAGUGAUGGUCAUACUCAAGGAGCUGGGGAGAAGAUCUUUGAGGCAGAGCGAAAUUGAGCAGUUGAAGCGGACUCUGGAGGGAACACGAUGGGUCCCGACGAUGGGAUACCGGCUCGUUCAGCCAAACUGUGCUGUGUUCCAGCAAGCCAUUCCGGAGGCUGAGAUUGAGGAGGUGCAUCCCAUCUUGACACGAGAACAGGGCCCAUAUUCGCUUCUCAAACAGCUCGGUUGCACAGAUAGGCCUUCUUUCGACUCCGUUCUGGCGUUGCUUAAAAAUAUGUCCAUAAGGCCUCCAUCGGACGAUACGACAAGGAUAGCCAUGUCCCUCCUCAAGUUUGUCACGAGGAACUCGCCAUCUGAGGAGCAACUCUCUCAGCUUCUCAUCCCAGACGACAGGGAUACCCUUCGACCCAGGUCUGAGGUCAUUUUCAACGACAUCCCGCAUAUGGUGGACCUCGUCCCGUCAGACGAUUACCACAUGGCUUCUCCUUCAAUUGAUGAACCACUUGCCCAAGCCCUGAAGCUAGAACGACUUGGCCUCAAGUUCGGGGAUCUCCAACAGUCCACUGAAGAUAUGGGUGCAUCCCCUGUCACCCUAGUUCAAGAGACGAUCAAGCAGUACACGGAGAGGCAGUUCCUUUCCGAGUUUCUUGCGAACGCAGAGGAUGCUCAGGCAACGACAUUCUCGGUUGUACUCAGCGAGGAUCUCGCAGCGAUGACGACUGGGCGCCCGAGGUUGCUCUCCUCGGAUAUGGAGAAGUUCUACAAGUGCCCAUAUGUCUUUGUCUACAACGACAGCUUCUUCUCCGAGAAGGAUUUUCAGGGUAUACUUCGUAUUCACGUUGGAGGAAAGCGGGAGGAUUCGCAUAGUAUUGGGCAGUUCGGGUUGGGAGCGUUGACUAUGUUCCAUUUCUCAGAGUUAGUCGUCAUCCUUUCCGGUGAUCAGGCGCUGUUCCUCGACCCAUCGAAGCGGCACCUGCCUAUGGGCCGAGCAAGCUGGAGAAUCCCAUUGAAACAGCUCGCGCAGCGCUAUCCAGACAGUCUGCUCCCUCUCAAAGGUCUACCAUGGGAAAUCCAAGAUUCACGUAGAUUCCCUGGGACUCUUUUCAUGCUACCUCUUCGAGCAGGCUCGCACUGUAGCGAACAGGGGAUAUCUUCGAAAGUGUGGGAAGCGUCCGCAUUCAAGCAGCUCCUCCAAGAAUUUCGCAGCACCGCCGCCCAAAGCUUGCUGUUCAUCAAGCUGAGAAGAAUCGAAGCAUUCAGCUGUUUGUACAGUGGGAAAGCCAGUCCUCUUUGGAUCGUCUCGGCCUCCAGGACUGAUACCGCACGCGAUGACUCGAAUUUCAUAGUCACGAAUACGUCGAUUGAGGAGGAGGGGAUUGGGGGUCAGCUCACUCCCGCACGAUGGCUGGUCGUUUCAGCAACCAUAUCUCCGGACAACAUACCUGAAAACCUCUCCACGAACCUGAAGCGGGUCAAGCAUGUCCGCGUGGGUCUGGCUGCACCAUUUUCUCGCCGAGCUCAGCAGUGCCGAUUCUUCUCAACUCUCCCCCUCGCCAUCACCACGGAACUCCCCGUCCACGUCAAUGCAUCUUUUGCUCUAUCCUCUGACCGUAGAGGAAUUCGACACGACACGUACAACAGCGCUGAGACUGCCUUCAAUCAAUGGCUGCUUUCGGAGCCACUCGUUCAGGUGUACUUAGCAAUGCUUGAGGAGAUAGCCCGGACUCAAGACAAUGCUCAAUGGUGGCCCGCGGCUUUCAAACUUGACCGAAUCGAGCCCCCAGUUGGAGCGAGUCAGGGGGCGGACCUUACGAAAUCCCUGGUCGAGAGCUUCUAUCGUGUCCAUUUGCCCUCGACGGAGCGACAGGUCUGUUGGCCAUUCUUCAAGAAUAGCAACAACUUUGCAUCGAUGACACCUGGAAAUGCAUUGCUGUUUCCUCCAUUCCUCCCGCGGCCUGUCCUUACCUUCCUCUCCCGCUCUCAGCCGGCCAACGUGACAGAACUCCGCAUUCCUCAAAGCUAUCAAGAUGAAGCGAAGUUGAAGUCUAUCACGCCUGAACACGUGAAGGAUUGGGUGCUUGCACUCCCAGCUGCCGCCCAAACCAGCUAUAAAGAUGAAGAGUUCCAAGAGCUAUUGUCCCAUCUUGCGUCUUCCGAUGUCACCAACCUCAUCGGGUUGCCAUUGUUGCGACUUCAGAGUAAACAGUGGACUGUAUUUCGACAGCGCGACAACAUGCCCCCCAAAUACCUAUGGAGACCUGGACCCGUCGCUGCCAUUAAUCUCUUCCCCCCUUCAUCCUUCGUCGAUCACGACACCUUGGACCGCCUUCUGGAGCAAAAGAUUCUUGAUGGGGGUCUGAACAUUGCUCCGUUCGACGCAACUGGUCUCAAAGCGUUAACCCAAACGGAGCUGACUUCACUGCGGACGAAUGAACUCCCAUCCUGGAUCAAUAAAUUUUGGACAGCAUACCCGUCAUUCGAAACUCAGGGUAUCAGAGAAUCGAUUGAAGACCUUCCAUUGGUUCCAUCCACAGCAGGCGAAUACAUCUCCCUUUCGGACUGCAAGAGUGGUGGGGCUUUGAUCGCUGCCGAUGGGGAGUUGGCUGACGACGACGUGAUGCGACUCAUUCAAGAAUUUGAAAUUACCGUCGUUGCGAAGGAGCGCUGCCCACCGGCUUUGGCGAACAUUUUGAACAUGGAGGAGUAUUUGAAGUCGUCGGAGGGCAAUUUCAUCACUCGACUUCUGCGUUCUCUGAAAUCCGACAUUCAAGCAGUCAAGCAACGAAUCGAUUCUUGGCCUGACCAUGAACGGGAGACCCUAUCCCAUUGGUUUACCUCACAGGUCCAAAGUAGAAUCCCGGACGAGGUUAUCCGCACAGCAAGAGAACUUCCGAUAUGGCGAGGCCACAAACAGCAUCAAGUUGCUUGGAAGUCUGCUUCUGGCGUUCGACUCCUUCCAAUCGGUGUUGACUUCGAAGCACAGGCAUUUCUGAAUGUCUUUGUCGUCCGAGGCCUGCCCCCUACGUAUUUCAAUGUCCACAGACUUACGAUAAACGAACUGGAAACUGCGCUACGAUUCCCGCCGCGACUGGAAGCCCCUGACGAACCUGGGUACCGAAGCAUUCUCAACUUCCUUCUGGAUGGCAUCCAUAACACCUACGACGAACUGGAGAUACCCGACGGUACUCGUGCUUUCGUCCCCGCACGGUCCCUGUACACGCGAGAGAACCUCUUCCGACAAGCCUUUGGCGAUCGCCCGGAGAGGUUCCUCCUGGAAUCGCUCAGGAAUCCCUUCGAGCAGCUUCUGCGCGCCAAACGACUGAUUAUCAGAGAAGAGGACCUAAACAUGGACAUUUUCGUCACAUGCGCCAGAGCGCUCGAUGAGGAUGUGUUGGACAACAACCUUAAUCCCCAGGAGGUUGUCGAGCGAGCUCGGGUCGUCUUCCGCGCGUACUGCGAGCAGUUGCCACUUCGUAUUUCUUCGCAGGCGGUCCAACAAUGGAGACGGGUCGAGAACCUGCGAUUCAUUCCACGCAAUAUGGCGACUUCGAGGCAGUAUGCUGGAGGCACCUUGGAGAUCCCCGAGCGCGUUCGAAAUUUACCUAUGGUUGUGCCGCCUAAUGAUCUUAAGGCGAUUUUUGCUGAGCAACCGGAUAAUCGGGUUGUGUUGGCCAAUCCAAAAUUGGGAGAGCCUCCGGUUUCGGUCGUGAUUGAUCACCUUCGAGAGCUCAAGACGAUGCGCCAAGGUCCUGAUGUCCUGCGCUACCUCAAAUCAACGUACGCCUGGUUAGACAAGAACUUGGCCGACGCGCGGGAGGUGGUUGCUGCCCUGAAGGACGAGGCGCUGUUUCUCAAUGUCAAUGAUCCUGCUGUCGAUGCCUGGGAGUGGAUCUCUCCCAGUAGGAUGGCCUUUGAAAACCACGACGUUGCGAAUAUCCAACGAGUUCGGGGGUUCCUGCUCUCGUAUAAGGACCUUCUCAAGGAAGCUGGCGUCGCGGACGUCAAUUACCCUGAUUUCGAUCCCUCCGGGGCGCUGGGCGGCAAGGAGCAUGAGCUGCUCUUGCGGUCGAGGGCUUCCUAUGCUCGACAACGGGAGAAGAAGCAGCUCACGGAUGUGAUUUUGCGUUCGAAGGAGGAGGACCAUUUGGAGGACGGGGAAAGAAACAAAUUCUACGCCCAUCGCUCCUUUCUGGCAAGCUAUGGCGGAUACUUUGAAUCUAUGUUUACUGGGGAAUUCGCGGAGGGCCAGGAAGCCUCGCCUUCCAAUCCAGUUGAAGUACCUCUAGAUUAUUCUGUCUUUGCGAUCAAGACUGUUUUGGAUUUCCUCUAUGACGGUGAUUCUGCGAUCCGAGACGAAUCUGCCAAAUGGGAGGACCUGCUUCAAGUGAUGGAGUUGGCGAAUUACCUGGAUUUAUCUAAUUUGUUUGAGAACGUCCAGGUGGUGAUUAUUAGGAGAAAGUUGGUUGAUCCGUUGAAUCUUGACUAUGUGAAAGCGUUCGCGGAACGUGUGGGUGCGAAUCGAUUGAAGGAGUGGUGUGUCCAAUAUGAAGCGAAGAACAAAGACUAUGUCGACCGAAUUAAGGCGAGCAUUGAACAGCAAGGGGGUUGA